CGCAUCUCCCUUAUACACUGAUCUCAAGGUAUAGUAUGCCGAUAAGGGUAUAUUCAACUCAUCGGUGGCCGUUCUUUUCAACAAGUGACGAUGCGGCCGACUAUGAGACAGUAGUUACCAUUCAUCAAAAGCUAAACUCAGUGCCUCGGAUGAUACAGCCCAUGAUUAACACCAGAAAUGCAUCACUUUCGGGUACCUUUCUUGACACACACUGUUUCCGCAUCUUAGAACAAGAAUGUGCAAAGGAGACGUCAAAAGUUCACUUCAAUGCGUCCACAAACUUGUUUCAAGACUUUGACUUAAUUUUCUGGUCCUUGGCAACUGAAAACUCGUAUAAGCCCAACUAAGGAAGACUUUCUAAGCUAAUGACAUAUGACGAUCACGAACAUGACCGCCGUAUUGUAAAGUCAUGCUUGGGAACUACUGAAUGUCCUAAAAGCAGUUGUCCAUAUUAUGGAAGGGUAACUAGACCUCGUACCAGAGAGACUGCUAUAAGACAAAGUAAAUGUCACCACUGAGAGACGCUUUUGAACUGGAUUAAAUGUGAGGUAAAAGUAGAGUAUGUCUUUAAAAUAAAAGCCAGAACUUGUACCAUCUAUGAUGUAUAUUACAAAUAAGAAUUGCAGAAUAAGACACACCCAUGGUUUAUACAACUCUAAGCAUCUUUUACGACAGAAAAGUGAGAACUCGAUAACAUUAUGCAAAAGAAUCCUAUCAUGACGCC